UUCGUGUUUGUCCCGCUGAUGCACCACGGCCACCUGAUCCCGGCUGUGGACGCGGCGCUGCAGCUGGCCGCCCAUGGCGCGCUCGCAAGCAUCGUCGUCACGCCGUCCUACGCUACGCGCCUCCGCCCCACGGUUGAGUCGUCUGGCCUGCCGGUGUGGCUCGUAGAGCUCCCGCUCGACCUCGCCGGCACCGACGACGUCGGCCGGAUCCCGCUGGACGAGGAGGCCGCCUACCUCCUCACCGCGUCGCGCCUUCGGGACCCGCUGGAGCGACACCUCCGCGCCCACGCGCCGCCCGCGACGUGCAUCGUGUCCGACAUUUGCCACCCGUGGACGGCAGGCCUCGCCGCCGGCCUCGGUGUCCCGCGGCUCAGCUUCCUCGGCAUGUCUGCCUACUGCCUCAUGUGCCUGCAGACGGAGCACCAUGCUGCGGCCAUGCACAACGCCUACGCCGCCAUGGACCCCUACUGGCACCUCAUGCCCGAGGAUCCGGUCGAGGUGAAGAUGCCCACCGCCGCCCCCGGGUUCCUCCGGCUGCCUUCCUACGAGAAGCUGGCGUACGCCGUCGAGCGGGCGUGCGCCGACGUCGACGGCGUCGUCCUCAACACCUUCCUUGAGCUGGAGCCGGGGACGGUGGUUGACUGCGCGGAGGUCAGGAAUGUCGCUGUGUGGGCCGUCGGUCCGGUGUCACUCUUCCACCGUCAUGAGCACGCGGCGGCGCUGGCGGCGAGAGGGAACGUGCCCGCCCUCGACGCCGACGAGUGCAUGCAAUGGCUUGACGGCAAGGCGCCGUCCUCUGUCGUCUACGUGAGCUUCGGGAGCAGCAUCGUGCACGCGGACCCGAAGCAGGUGGUGGAGAUCGGGCUCGGCCUCGAGGCGUCGGGGCACCCGUUCAUCUGGGUGGUAUCAUCAUCACCGGAGAAGGCCGACCAGGACACUGACCAUGAGGUCGGCAGGUUCCUCGAGGAGCUGGAGGCCCGGGUCGCCGGCCGCGGGCUUCUGAUCAGGGGCUGGUCGCCGCAGCUGUUGGUCCUCUCCCACGCGUCGGUGGGCGGCGUCGUGACGCACUGCGGGUGGAACUCGAUGAUGGAGGCGGUCGCGGCGGGGCUUCCGAUGGUGACAUGGCCGCACCUUGCGCACCAGUUCUUGAACCAGACCUUGGCCGUACACUCGAUGGAGACCGGCGUGGGCAUCGGGGUGGAGUGGUCGGAGGAGGAGGAGGGGGUGGAGGUGGCGCUGGUGGAGCGAUGGGUGGUGGAGGAGGCGGUGAGGAGCAUCAUGGGCGGGGAGGACGAGGCGGUGGAGAGACGGAGGAGGGCGACGGCGCUCGCGAGGACGGCGAGAGAGGCCGUCCGGGAGGGAGGGUCGGCGUUCAUCAACCUGCGUCGUUUGGUGAAGCAUUACCAAGCAGUGAUGCCCGAGGAUGCAUCAACAUGGUCACCUCAGAUAUGAUGAAGAAUUUAUAAGUUUUGCUACCCC